AUGGCGCGCCGCAGCCAAUCAGCGCCCGCGCGGCCAGCGCGGGAGCGCGCGCGCCGCAUAGUGUGCAAAGGUGUGCACAGCCCCGGUUUCCCGCGGCCGCUGUGUGUGUGGGUGUGGUGGGGGUCGCACCCCCUGAGAGCCCCCCACACCCCCGGGCCCGCCGGGGCGGGGCGGGGCGGGGCCGCCCCCUCCUCCGGGGCCGCCUCCCGCGGGCGCGCAUCCGCUCCGCUCUCCCGGGAGAUCCGCGGGCACACCUCCCGCUGGGAGCGCGCCGAGCCGGGCCGCGCGGCGCUGCGCUGCGCGCUGCUGUGCGCGCUGCUGUGCGCGCACGGAGCCGCUCCCACCCGCGCAGGAGAGUGUGGCAAGCUGAGCUCCUGCGAGGUGUGCACAGGCAGCAGCCGCCCCCACAACGGCACCGACUGCGUCUGGGCGGGCUGCGGGACCCCCGAGGAGCCAGGAGCAGGGAGCUGCGUGCAGCGGGGCUCGGCGGUGCCGCGGACCUGCGCCCUCUACAACAGCAGCGCCCUGUGCCCAGCACUGAAGUCCCACACGGAAGAACCUCCACGAUCGCACAGCAAGGAGCCAGUGACACACUCCACAAGGACCACCACGAGUGCCCCCCUGACGGGCAGCCCCGAGUUCCACCCACCCGGCUUCGACACGGCGAGUUUCGUGGGGGGCAUGGUGCUGGUGCUGUGCGUGCAGGCCGUCGCCUUCUUCGUCAUCAAGUUCAUCAAGUCCAAGGACAGCACCUACCAAACGCUAGAGGACAACCAGUAGGUUCUGGGUGCCGGCAGUGGGGAGGGGGUGUCCCCCGCACCCCCAGAGCUCCAGCCCCGCUCGCAGCCCCCCGGGCAGGGGGGGCCGUCCCUCCUGGUUUGCAUGGCCGGUGGUUCCCAG